CCCGGGGCGAAACCCCUCCUGGUUGUGAUGGCCCAACAUGUCUGAACCCAAGGAAAAGUCCCAACCCAGCUACUCGUACGACGUUACUGAACUUCCAGACUACGACACCGACUUUGUCUGCGAAGAUGAUAUCGCUGCCUUUGCUCGCGCAUUAUCCGCUCCUGAGCCGUCGCCGUCGCAGGACGAUCUCUCCGUUUAUAAUGCACCUACGGUGCAGUCCUCAAAUAUGUUCAUCACUGCCUUGAAUGAUUGGCGCCCCGUCCGUCAGCGUGUGCGAAGAAAAAGAAGAAAGCCGCGACGUGGCAAAGAUGAGACAAGAGAGGGAUUCGUUUAUACGUUGCUCAAGUGGCCGCUGCUCGUCGGUAUCCUAGGCUGGCUCGUCACCCUGAGCAUAAGUUACCUGCUCACUCGAUUUUACAUCUUCAUAUAUGAACACUAUAUCACUUGGAGGGGCUGGAGGAACCGUUUGAGACGGCAACUGCGAAGUUCGACCAGCUAUGAAGAAUGGAUUACAGCCGCAAAAGCGUUGGACACACACUUGGGGAACGACAAGUGGAAAACGGUCGACGAAUAUGCAUACUACGACUCGAAGACGGUCAGACGUGCAUGGACUCAGAUGUCAAAGCUCAGGAAGCUUGCUGAGGCUGACGAAGUCAAACAAAAUUCAGACGGCCAGGCUGUCGACGAACUCCGUGGCUUAGUGGAAGCAAGCGUAAAGAACAACUUUGUUGGAAUUGAAAAUCCGCGCUUGUACAGCGAAUCAUACUAUGGAACUAAAAACCUUGUGCAAAGCUUCAUUGAUGAAGUUCACGCAUCACUCAAAUUUCUCAAGGACACAAGGCAGUUAGACAAGGAAUCCAAGCGCUCGCUAUUCAAACACCUUCACACAAACUUUGGCCGCACAGCCUUGUGCCUGAGUGGCGGUGCUACCUUUGCAUACUAUCACUUUGGCGUCGCAAAGGCUUUGAUGGACUCGGACUUACUCCCUGAUGUCAUCACAGGCACAUCAGGUGGUGCUCUUGUGGCGGUGCUGUUAGGUACUCGCACUAACGAUGAGCUGAAGAGGCUACUCGUGCCAGCACUCGCUCACAAGAUUACGGCAUGCCAUGAUGACGUUUGGACGUGGUUGCCACGAUGGUGGAAGACUGGUGCAAGGUUCGACAGUGUAGAUUGGGCUCGACGCUGUUGUUGGUUCUCGCGUGGCAGCAUGACAUUUCGAGAAGCCUAUCAGCGAACGGGUCGCAUCCUCAAUGUGAGCUGCGUCCCUUCAGACCCACAUUCGCCAACUAUUCUCGCCAAUUAUCUUACCGCCCCGGAUUGUGUAAUUUGGUCGGCCGUCCUCGCCUCUGCAGCUGUGCCUGGCAUCCUGAAUCCUGUCGUCCUAAUGAAGAAGACGAAGACUGGCAAGCUCGAGCCAUACUCAUUUGGUCACAAGUGGAAGGAUGGCUCUCUUCGCACGGACAUACCGCUCAAGGCACUCAACCUUCACUUCAACGUUAACUUCAGUAUCGUUUCGCAAGCUAAUCCUCAUAUUAAUCUGUUCUUCUUCAGUUCACGUGGCACUGUUGGUCGUCCCGUAACCCAUCGUCGUGGUCGUGGUUGGCGUGGUGGCUUUCUUGGAUCAGCAACUGAGCAGUACUUGAAGCUAGAUCUAACAAAAUGGCUCAAGGUGCUGCGGCACCUGGAGCUUCUUCCGAGGCCACUGGGCAGUGAUUGGUCUGAGAUAUGGUUACAGAAAUUCAGUGGAACCAUCACAAUCUGGCCAAAAAGCGUCCCAAGCGAUUUCUACUACAUCUUAUCUGAUCCUAGCGUUGAGCGACUUGCACGUAUGAUCCAUAUGGGCCAACUUGCAACAUGGCCUAAGCUCAAGUUUAUCGAGAACAGGCUCAAAGUCGAGCGACUGAUAGAAGAAGGCAGAAGGGCGACCAGAUCAGUGGUUCCUGCCGGUGGCAUUGCAGAAAUUCUGAGCGAAGACGAUUUACAAGCACUUCUUCGAGACGCAAAGACUAGGGAAGACGCAAGAAAGGCACCAUCUCGAUUAAAGACGCAACAUGAACAAUAUGAAGCGAGUGGUUCGUCCAGUCCUGAGUGGGCAUCCACACCAGUGCAACGACGCAAUAAACCUCUUCCACGAACACCACAAGACCCAUCGGCCAUGCCUACCCCAAGACCAGAGAGCCCUAGCUUGAGCAUGCGCCUCGGUGAAUGGUGGAAUCGUUCACGUGGCUCACUUGAUCUUGGUUCACGCCCGCACAGCGCCAUCUAUGGAAGUGGUCAUGAGAGAAGAGGCUCUCUGGUCGACGAGCUUACAAGACAAAGUCGCGUCUUCUUUGAUGAUGACGACUUUGACAAAGACGAUGGAGACGAAGAAGCCACGACGGACUCCGCAGCCAGCGAGAUUGACACGGAUGAUGGAGAGGUGGAGGAUAGAAGCAAAACGAUGAAUGGUGUUAACAUUAAGACUGGGGACCACGUUGCCAGCGGGCAACGAACUGCCACCUCUGUUGCUGGGUGAGUUGUCAGCUGCGCUUUUCCUUGCGCUGCGCAUCAGGUUGUACUUUCGUUGUAUUAUCUUAGGGCGUCGGCGUUCUCAAAGUCUUGUGUAUUAUAUGUGUGUAGUCAUACUAAUGCAUAAUCAUCAUCGAACAGUCGACCUACGUCUAGAUCAGAGGUCAGGGCGAAUAUGUCACGUCCCAUGAACCGGACACGAAAGUCAUCUUCAGCAUUCAAAGGGCUCGUCGAACGCUUCAAGUCCAAGAGGCAACGGUAGCACCAAGGUCAUUUCGAAAGCUACGUAGGAAGCUCUUUUCUUUUUACUACAAUGUAAUUACCAGGUCUGUUCUCUGUGAUAAGGUAGAUGGACGAAAGGAUGAUUCAACUUGCUCAACGUCGGUUUGUCCC